GAGUCACCACCGCCGACGAUACAACUAGAUAACUCUACAGCCGAGCUCCUCAUACGCCCAAUGCCUUCACAAAUACGAAACGGGUAACCCGGACCGUCAGUGGUGCGCGCACACAGUUCUCCAUUUUCAUCUGGACGUCCCCCCUCUCCCCAGACAAGACCAGUGUGAUGUUCUUCUCCCCGCCCUGCGACUAGCCUCCCCCUCCACAGCCGAUACACGUCACGUAGGCGGACAGGCUGUGGGGGGCGGUCGCCGCGCUGCCAUGAGAGGAGCAAACUGAAGACUCGGGGUUUCUUCUUGAAGGGGAAGUAGCUGUGAAGAAAUAAAGCCGCCAACCAUCCUCUUCUUUGAGUCUCUCCCGGACGUCAGCGUUCAUAGAGGCGUGUUCAGAGGCGGCGGCCGGUGACCGGAGAGCUUGGCGCACUGCGGAAGGGGCGGAGAAGCCCGCCGGAAACGGAUACUGUUGAACCUUGAGCUCCCAAUUGAUCACUCCGAAGAUUGUAGACGACUUGACGUUGGAUGGUGGUUGGGCACUGAACUGGAGGCAUGUUGUACUGCCCACACAAGGGCUACUAAGAUCAACAUUGAACGACCGCUCGAUUAUCGACUAUAGGUUCAUUUUUAUGUUUAGCCUCCAUAGGCACUGAGCAGUAGGAUCAUGGCGUUCACAAACUAUAGCAGUUUGAACCGGGCCCAGUUGACCUUCGAGUAUCUGCACACUAAUUCAACAACGCAUGAAUUCCUAUUUGGUGCUUUGGCUGAAUUAGUUGAUAACGCAAGAGAUGCUGAUGCUACAAGAAUUGAUAUUUACACAGCGCAACGGGAAGAUCUAAGAGGGGGGUUUAUGCUUUGUUUUCUUGAUGAUGGAGCAGGAAUGGAUCCAGGUGAAGCUGCAAGUGUUAUUCAGUUUGGCCGCUCCGCUAAAAGAACUCCUGAGUCCAUUCAAAUUGGGCAGUAUGGAAACGGUUUGAAGUCUGGCUCUAUGAGAAUUGGAAAAGAUUUCAUCCUUUUUACAAAGAAGGGCGAUACAAUGACAUGUUUGUUUAUGUCGCGUACAUUUCAUGAAGAAGAAGGAAUUGAUGAGGUUAUUGUUCCUCUACCUACAUGGAAUUCAAAAACAUGUGAACCCUUGACAGAUAAUACGGAGAAAUUUGCCAUUGAGACAGAGCUCAUUUACAAGUAUUCUCCAUUUCACUCUCAAAAGGACGUCAUGGAGCAAUUUAGAAAGAUAACUGGAGAAUCGGGUACACUUGUUAUUGUUUUUAACUUAAAACUAAUGGAUUCUGGAGAACCAGAACUUGAUGUAGUUUCUGACCCAAAAGACAUUCAGAUGGCUGGGUCUCCUCCAGAAGGAAUGAAACCUGAGCGACAUUCAUUUCGUGCGUAUGCAGCUGUCCUUUAUAUUGAUCCAAGGAUGAGAAUCUUCAUUCAUAACCACAAAGUUCAAACAAAACGGCUAUCUUGUUGCCUUUACAAGCCCAGAUCGUACAGAUAUACAUCAAAUCGAUUUAAAACCCGGGCGGAACAGGAGGUGAAGAAAGCAGAACAUAUGGCCAAAAUUGCGGAGGAAAAGGCACGGGAAUCAGAGAGCAAAGCACGAGCCAUGGAGUCUCGACUCGGAGAUGACUUGUCUCGGGAAUCAAGGGCUUCUCUAAGGCAAGUGCAGAAUGCUGCAAUUACAAUCCGUCGGGAGGCAGAUGUCAAGAAACGAAUUAAGGAAGCCAAGCAAAGGGCACUAAAAGAACCAAAGGAGCUAAACUUUAUAUUUGGUGUGAAUAUCGAAGAGCGGGAGCUGGAUGGCAUGUUUGUGUACAACUGCAGCCGCUUAAUUAAAAUGUAUGAGAAAGUUGGCCCUCAGCUUUCAGAGGUCGGAGUGGCCUGUGGAGGUGUAGUGGGAGUAGUUGAUGUCCCCUAUCUUGUCCUGGAACCUACACACAACAAACAGGACUUUGCAGAUGCAAAGGAGUACAAACACCUUUUGAAAGCUAUGGGGGAGCACUUGGCACAAUAUUGGAAAGACAUUGGCAUCGCUGAGAAAGGAAUUGCAAAGUUCUGGGAUGAGUUUGGUUAUAUAUCGGCAAAAUGGAAACAGCAUCCAUCGUCUGAGUUGAGGUAUAAAAGAAGACGAGCAAUGGAGAUCCCAACCACUAUUCAGUGUGACCUGUGUUUAAAGUGGCGGACGCUUCCAUUCCAACUGAGUGCUGUGAAUAAAGAAUAUCCUAAUACAUGGAUAUGCGCUAUGAAUCCUGAUGUAGAACAGGAUAGAUGUGAAGCUCCAGAGUUAAAACAAAAGCUUCCCGUUGGAGUCCUUAAGAAAGAAUUUGUCACACAAGACGACAAGAAAAAGCAUCUCAGUGAGAAGAUCAAAAAUCAGCAAGAGAAGCUGGAAGCACUACAGAAAUUGUCAACGGUGCGUUCAAGUGCAGACCUAAAGAAGCUCCCUUUGGAGGUUAGCACACGUCCAUCAGAGCCGCCUGUGCCAUCAACUCGUUCGCUACGACCAAAAUCGCCACCCCUGCCAGCAGUAUUGAAAGAAAUUAAACCACCUCCAACUCCAUCACCACGAAGCAGCAAUGCAGUAAAGAAAACCGAAUCGUCACGAGGGCUAAACAGUGAAAGAGCCAGCACAUCGAGAGCUCACCCCCCACCUAUUACUGCCGUUAAAACUAACAACACUACUAGGAACAUCAGCAAAAUAGUACCACCUGUGAAAGCCUCACCAUCCAUAUCAAAACCUAAUUUUCUUCAAGCUGCUCGCGCUUCAAAACUCACAGUAUUGUCCUCCCCAAACUUGAAGUCUUCUAAGUCCGUUCCAGCAAAGAAACCUGUUAGAAGUAAAAGCCCCGUGAUUACCAGUGUGAGAAAGCGAACUUCUCAACAGAUAGUAGUUGAAGAAGACGAUGAUGAUGAAGACGAAGAAGAAGAAGAUAUUGUCCCAACACCUAAACCUGAGAAAGCAAAACGAUCAAAGGUAGUGGAAAUUAAAGAGGCGAAUGAAGUAGAAGUGAAGGCCAAAGCCUCGAUGUCUGAAUCUCAUGUGUCGUCAUUGCAACCUUUGAAGCGGACAGACAGUCCAGACGCAGAUGUUCUUGUAUCAACUAAAGCUGCACAGAAAGAUAAAGGCUUGCAUGUGGAAGUGCGUGUAAACAAAGAGUGGUUCACAGGGCGUGUGACUGCUGUAGAAUCUGGAAAACAGGGUGUUCGCUGGAAGGUGAAGUUUGACUAUGUACCCACAGACACAACUCCGCGUGAUCGAUGGGUGGAGAAAAGGCAGUGACGAUGUAAGACUCAUGAGGCCAGCAUCGCCCAGAACAUGAGACUCUUGCUACACAGCAAGCUGAACCCUCUACCCUCUGACAACAGCAGGAUAGAACCUGACACAACCAGAACCUAGUGCUAGCCUUGCACCAGUGGAACAACUUUCACAAGUUGUAAGGAACUGCUUAAGAUAUUUCUUGCCACCCAAUUUCCAUAUAACCAAGAAUGAACUGAGCACAAUGAGUGCUGAAGAUCUUAUAGCCUUUCCUUUGAAAGAAUACUUUAAGCAGUAUGAAGUGGGUCUACAAAAUUUGUGCAACUCGUAUCAAAAUCGAGCUGAUCUCCGUGCUAAAACCAGUGAAGAGCUCCAGCGUAACACAGAAAAUAAGUUAAAAGAGUCUGAAGAGAAACUACAGAGAUUAAGAACAAACAUUGUGUCACUGCUACAGAAAGUUCAAGAGGAUAUCGAUAUAAAUACAGAUGAUGAGCUGGAUGCUUACAUAGAAGACCUAAUAGCAAGAGGGGACUGACCUAAGAGUAGCUACAUUUUUUGAGGGACAGAAGAAUAAGCUGCUUUCCCCCUCUCCAGUUAAAUGGGAGUGCCAAAGGGGUCCAGCCCAAGUUCCUGGGCAGACGUGUAUUAUGGCGUCACUGUUUUCUUAUGUUUUCAUGGUUUUUACAUACCAGGCAUGUGCUUUUCUUAAAAUUUUAAACAUUGUAGUUCAUUUCUUUGUUUAUAAAUAUUUAUUUUUUACUGAAAAACAAAGCGCUGAGUGGUUUAUAAAACCUUCUUACAAAAAAAUGACUCUGCCUGUUGAUUUAAAGUAGAUCAGUAACUUUACAAGUCUUUAUAAAUAAAUUCCUCACAGCAAA